CCACAUCACUCUGCAAACCACGGGUCCAAGUUUUAAGUCCUGGGAUGUGGAAUUCUCGGUGCCUCCCAUCGCUCACCGGCCUUGGCACUCACAGUAAAUCUCCGAAGGCCGGUCCACUGCGAACGCCCCAGCCCUGGCAUGACUUUCUGUUGUAACCAUGACUGCAAAGAACAGGUCGUACGCUUGCUCAAAUAUAAGGAGAUCUUCUCUGGGUUUUCUCGGCCAGUUGUCCUUAUGUCUCUGCACAUCUCUUCAGGUGCCUUCCAGUUACUCCUGCCUCCGCUUCAGCCUGCAUCUGGCGCGUCCCAGCCACUCCGACCCCCACUCUCUCUCAGCAUCACCAGCUGUGGUCUCAUACAAUGAUAAUUGGUCUUUGUGCCUCGUUCCUGGCACAUGGCUCCCACAAUCCUUGUCAUUUCCCGGGGGGGACAGGGUGAUAGUGCUCUGUUGAGGUGACUCUUCACGGGCCCCUAGAUAGCUUCAGAUCUGGUCACCAGAAAGACCAAGCCUCAAUGAAGAGACUGGAACAUUCAUCUGCAGUCCCCAACAUCUGGGGAGGUGAGAGGGACCAAAGACGAAGCCAGUCACCAAUGACCCAUGAUCUGCCCCUAAAGAGUGGGUUUCUGAGAGGCUCUGAGUUGGCAGUCACACCCAAGAGCCAGGAAGGCGGCCCACCUCAGCUCCACGGGGGCAGUGCAAGGCCCUUCUGGAUCUUACCCUAGCCAUGUUCAGCGGCCAGGCGCCUUCCUUCUUCUCCAUGGCCCACGUCCUCCUCUUUGUCUUCACGGCUUCUACCAUAUUUCACCUGCAGCAGCGGCUGGCAAAGAUCCGCCCCACCUGGGAGUUCGAGACGCUGCUUUUGGAGUCUGUGGAGAACGAGACGAGCGGCCAGCCCAGGGGCAUGUUCACCAUCAACUCCAUAGGGCGCCUGGGGAACCAGAUGGGCCAGUACGCCACGCUGUACGCCCUGGCCAAGGCGAACGGGCGGCAGGCCUUCAUCCCCGCCGAGAUGCACGGCGCGCUCGCCCCCAUCUUCAGGAUCACCCUCCCGGUCCUGCACCGCGCGGCGGCCAGCAGGAUCCCCUGGAAGAACUACCACCUGAACGACUGGAUGGAGGAGCGCUACCGCCACAUCCCGGGCGAGUACGUGCGCCUCACCGGCUACCCCUGCUCCUGGACCUUCUACCACCACCUCCGCGCCGAGAUCCUGCAGGAGUUCACGCUGCACGACCACGUGCGGGAGGAGGCCCAGGCGUUUCUGCGGCGGCUGCGGGUGAGCGGGCGACGGCCGGGCACGUUCGUGGGCGUCCACGUGCGUCGGGGGGACUACGUGGGCGUGAUGCCCCGGGUGUGGAAGGGCGUGGUCGCCGACCGGCGGUACCUGGAGCAGGCCCUGGACUGGUUCCGGGCCCGCUACGGCUCCCUGGUCUUCGUGGUCACCAGCAAUGGCAUGGCCUGGUGUCGCGAGAACAUCAAUGCCUCUCGGGGCGAUGUGGUGUUCGCCGGCGAUGGCAUUGAGUCGUCGCCGGCCAAGGACUUCGCGCUGCUCACUCAGUGCAACCACACCGUCAUGACCAUUGGGACGUUCGGGAUCUGGGCCGCCUACCUCGCGGGCGGGGACACCAUCUACCUGGCCAACUACACCCUCCCAGACUCUCCCUUCCUCAAAGUCUUCAAGCCAGAGGCGGCCUUCCUGCCCCAGUGGAUUGGUAUCGCGGCGGACCUGUCCCCACUACUGAAGCACUGAUGGUGGCCGGCCUUUGGCACCCCCUCCCUUGCUGGCUCCCCUAAGACGAGCUCCCAGAGGCCCAAGGACCGUGUUGUUACCUGUGUCCGGACCCUGCCCUUUUGCACCAGAACACUCCAGAGGCUGCAACUGACUUGUUGAAAUCGCAUAUUUAUGUGCCUCGCACAAGACCAGAGAUGGCGCAUCUCUGGGGUUCGUUAAGUUAGCGGCUCAGCACUGUCACCAGAGACCCCAGUUGCGUCCAUCUUGUUCAGCUGCCAUCACCUCCUCUCAGACUUCCUCCCUCAAGGUCCCAAGAGGGCUGCCACAUAGCCGGGUGUCACAGGCAGGCACCCUCUUCCCAAGGCAGCAAAGGUCCGUCCUUUGGUCCCUUUUGAAGAGUGAGGGAAACAUUCCAAGUCCUCCCCGCGCCCCCCCCCCCCCCAGCUCACUGACCGGAAGUGUGUCACAUGCCUGCCUGACCCAUUACAAGGCAAGGUGAAUAAGACCCUGGGAUUGGCUUGGCAUCAGAUCAAUAAAUCUGCGCCCUUCAGCUGGGGUGUUGGUCA